UAGCUCACCGAAUUUGUAUGCACAGUUUCAGAUAGUGGAAGAGAGAGGAGAAAAAUUCUGGUUCGGAGCGUGUUGCAUUAAAUAUUUUAUCAUCACUAUGGAACGUAAACAGGGUCAAACAAUUCGUAGUGAAGCCCGGAACAUAAUCCGGCGCGUAAUAAAAAAGUGUGACGAAGAAGCGCGUAAAGGCGCAAUGAUUUAUCUACUUAAGCAAGCAAAUCUCCGUGCUUCGUUUUAUACUGGAACAUGCAUUAGAACCAUUAGUCGUAUUCGAAAGGAGGAUUCCACGUAUAGAGAAGAUGAACCUCUACCAACACCGGGAACGAAACGCCCGAAAAGGGAGGAUAAAAAGUUUCGCUGUUCACUCGAGGAUCAGGCGGUAAUAAGAGGUGUUAUUUAUGAUUUCUACUUGGAAAAAAAAGUUAUGCCUACUGGUCCUAAAAUAUUAGCAGCGAUACGUGAAAAAAUCGACUUCCCCUGGGAAAUACAUAGUUUGUAUAGAUUACUGCAGCGCAUGGGAUUUGAGUGGAAGAAGACAAAUAGCAUUAAAAAGGUAUUAAUAGAAAAGCCAAAUUUUAUAGCUUGGAGAGCUAAAUAUCUGAAAGCAAUAGAAUAUUAUCGCAAGCAAAACAGACCUAUAAUUUACAUUGACGAAACGUGGGUAGACAACACCUUGUACUUUCAUAAAUGUUGGGAUGGUAAGGAAAUAGGAAUUAUGAAAAACACAAAUUCAUCAAACCGUUUGGUUAUUAUUCACGCGGGAGGAAAGGAUGGUUUUAUAAAGGGGGCAGAACUGAUAUUUGAGUCUCAAACGACACCUAGUGACAUCCACGGACAAAUGAACGCAGCAAAUUUUGAAAUAUGGAUUACCGAAAAAUUACUGCUUAACAUUCCUCCUAACUCCGUGGUAGUUAUGGAUAACGCCCCCUACCAUUCAGUUCGACUAAACAAACCGCCUUCAAAUUAUUCCAAGAAGGAAGAUAUACUUCGAUGGCUGGUCGAAAAUAAUAUCCCAUAUGCACAGAAUAUGAGGAAAUACCAACUGCUUGAGCUGGUAGAUAGACACAAGAAAUUAAAGAAAACGUUUAAAGUCGAUGAGAUACUGAAAGUACACGGGCACAAUGCCUUACGAUUACCACCGAGUAUGUCUGACCUGAAUCCUAUCGAACUGGCUUGGUCCCAGGUAAAGAAGAAAUUAAGAGAGAAAAAAAUAUUCGUUUCAUCGAGCAGUGAGCUAGAAAGAUACAUCAUGGAGGCGAUUAACGAAGUGACACAAAAAGACUGGCAGAAUUUCUGUGAACACGUGGAGAAGCUCGAGGGAGACUAUUGGCGAAAAGAUGGAUUAGUAGAAGAAAUAACAGAUAAUUUAGAACUACCAAGUGAUGAAUCGGAAAGCGAUUCUGAUGAGAGCACAGAUCCUGAAGAUUAAGAGGGGUAUUUUAAGGAAUAAUGGAUUCUACGACCGGAAUGGAUCAUUUACUUAUAUGCAUAUGUUAAAUAUUUACUUUGCUACGAGCUGAGGGAGAGGGUACAGCUAUGUAGCUUUAAGUUACGGAAUUUGUGAGUUGGUCAAACUGGUAUCAUUGACAUUGAGGUCGUAGGAAUUAGACGCGAAGAUGAACCGUCGUAUGGGUCAGAUAGAUUACGAAAAGAGGGGAAGAGCUUGUCAUGGAUGCCGUGAACAUUAUCUUAUGUUGAAGAUAAUGAAAGUACUAAUGUUCAAAAUAUUGUACAUAAAUGUUGACAACAAUGACUGUACAUAUUCAUUUCUAUCAAGUUAUGAACGGUUUGAUAGAAACAGGGAUACUGUAACUGAAAUAUCAGAAUUGAAGAGGAAAAUCAAUGAAUCAUUUCAAAAUAUAAAACACUUGUGCAACUCUCUCUACGUAACGGAUUCAACUACAGAAGAGUGCAUCAAACGCUAGUCAAAGAACUGUUCAUAAGUAAUUUAAAGAAAUUUAUUUUGUUAUCGAUUUAAGAUUAUAUUUUUAAGCAAAGAAACAAACCGCCUACAUAAGUAGUUCAAAAUUGUCAAAUUUUUAUGUAUUUUUAAAUUAAUUUAUAACGACAUU